GUGACAGUGCCAGUGAAGAAAAGUGAAAUUAAAACUUAAAAGGGUUACAGGAAUACUCCUGGGAAUUAAUUGCAGGUGCAACUGUGCCAGGACCAGGACAAAGACUUGCAAGCUAAGGAAUCUACCGAAUGUAGAGCAUGGAAGUGGAUAUUGUGACCUAAAUUGUGAUUCGUUUAGGGAAAUACAAAAAGAGAUUCUUGCUCGAAGGAUUUAAAUCUUAAAGAAUUCUUAAUUCCUUUGCCUAAUUUUUGCUGAGAUUUUAAAUGGAUUAAUUGAUCCUACGAAUUAUUAUUUCUUGCACAAGAAAAACCUCUCGCAUCUGCCAGUCAUGCCUGGCCUUUGGUACUCUCUGAUUUGUGGCGGAUUAUUCUGUUUGAGUCUGUGCCGAGCCGAAUACAACUAUCCGCGACUGCCGAAAACGCUGAAACCCCUGAGCUACAAUCUGAAGAUUGUCAGCCAUCUGCAUGGAGCCAAAAGGUUCACCUUCGAGGGGGAAGUGCACAUUCAAAUGGUCACCCGCCACGAAACGGAUAAUAUAACCCUGCAUGUGGGCAAUAUCACGAUCCAUGAGUCAAAAAUAAAACUAAUUGCGUUGGACGGCAAGGAUACAGCCUUCGAGCUGGAUGGAACUGGCGAAGUGCCGGAGCGGCAGUACUAUAUGUUAUUUCUGACUGCGAACCUGGUGCCCGAUGUGGUCUACGAGCUGCGAAUGGCCUUCUCCGGCGAUAUAAUUGAGGGCGGCGAUGCCUACUACUGGAAUAAGUACCAGGACAGCGACAACGAUACCAGAUAUCUGACGGCCACUCAGUUCCAGCCGACACUGGCGCGGGAUGUGUUCCCCUGUUUCGAUGAGCCCAAUCUAAAGGCGAAUUUUACCAUCUCGCUGGGCCACGACCAAGUCUAUCACGCGCUCAGCAAUAUGCCCGUUAAGCGCAUCAUUCCACACGGCGAGCUGCACAAAUACGUUUGGACGGAGUUUGAGGAGUCCGUGCCCAUGCCCACCUAUCUGGUGGCCUUCUCCGUGAACGACUUUGAGCACACAACGACCGUCAAGUCGGACAGCGGCUUGGAGUUUCGUUCGUGGGCACGUCACGGCGCCAACUCCACGCCGCUGGCUGCCAUGAUCCAUGGCAAUGUGGUUGGCUUCAAGGUGCUGCAGAUCCUCGAGAAAUUAUUUGGCAUCAACUACGCACUGCCGAAAAUGGACCAGAUGGCCGUGCCCAACUACACGGGCGCUAUGGAGCACUGGGGCCUGGUCACCUACCAGGAAUCGCGGAUCUUCAGCACAGCCGAGACGACGGCCUCCGAGCGGCAUGCAAUCGCCGAGAUGGUGGCCCAUGAGAUGGCCCAUCAGUGGUUUGGCAAUCUGGUGACGGCCAAAUGGUGGUCGGAUGUGUGGCUCAACGAGGGCUUUGCCUCGUACAUCGGCUGCUAUGCCCUGCAGGAUCUAAUGCCGAAUCACGAUCCGUGCGAGCACACGAUCGUCACGAGUCUGAGCAAAAUUUUCAUAGCGGAUGCGUACAACAGUUCGAAGAGUUUCGCGCGAUCCGUCAUGGAUGGCGAGGAGGUCAGCGCCACCUUCGAUGAGUUCUCCUACGGCAAGGGGGGCAUUGUCCUGCGCAUGCUGCACCACUUCCUGGGCACCAAUACGUUCAAGGCGGGCAUGCGCGACUAUUUGAGUCGCUUUGCCUACGGCAAUGCGGGCAGGAAGGACCUUUGGGAGUCCUUCACCGAGGCAGCGGAGGAAAAUAAAACACUGCCGGGCAACUUCAGUGUGGCCAGCAUUAUGAGCACGUGGACCAAGCAGCCGGGCUAUCCGCUGAUAAAUGUCAGCCGGAACUACGACGAUGGCACGGCGAAUAUCACGCAGCAGCGCUUCCUGCAGGACCAGCAGCUGGAUGCGCGCAAGAGCUGCUGGUGGAUCCCGCUCUCCUUCACAACGUCCACGCUUUUGGAUUUCAUGGACACCAUGCCACGCCACUGGUUCCAAUGUGACGGGGAUACAGAUGCCGCUGAAUUGAUUGUUCCACUGAAUGUCGACACCGCGCAGUGGGUCAUUUUCAAUCUGCGCAUGUCCGGGCUGUACAAAGUCAACUACGACCGGCGCAACUGGGAGCUGAUCAUUGACACCUUGAACAGCGAACACUACAGCAAAAUUCACGCACUGAACCGCGCACAGCUGGUGGCCGAUUCCCUCAGUCUGGCCUGGGGCGGAUACAUCGGCUACGAUGUGGCCCUGCCGCUGGUCAAGUAUCUGCGGCGAGAGCUGGAGUCUGCGCCCUGGCUGAUGGCCCUGUCCAAUCUGCACAAGCUGACACUCAUCAUGCGGCGCACAGCCCACUAUCCCAGCUUCAGGGGCCUUGCACAGCUGAUAACGACGCCCAUCUACAAGCAUCUGGGCGGACUGAAGGUCAAGAAGGGCCUGAGCCUAAAGCAGCAAAUCCUGAAGACCCAACUCGUUUCGUGGGCCUGCGCCAAUCGGGUGGACCGCUGCAUAAAGGAGGCCAAAGAUAUGUUUUUCAGCUGGCGGUCAGCGAGUGAUCCGGACAGACACAAUCCCAUACCGGUGGACGUGCGCGCCACCGUCUACUGUACGGCCAUUGCCGAGGGCGAUGAAAUCAAUUGGUACUUCCUGUGGCGGCGCUACAGCAACCCCACCGAUCUGCACGCGCGUGGCAUGCUGCUGAGCGCCUUGGCCUGCACGCAGCGGCCGUGGGUGGUGCUGAAGCUGCUGGAUUUCAUUAUGCGACCGAAGGGCACAAUGCCCGAUGAGGAUGUGAGUGCUGCGGUGGAGGCGCUGACCAAUCAGGAUGUUGGCUUUCACAUAGCCAGGGCGUAUCUGAUCGAACGCUUCGCAGGCACCUUACCGAAAAGCCCCAAGACAAUUGUGAGUUUUACCCAUCUGCUGAUUGCCUUGACACGAAGGAUUCACACGCUGACCGAUGCGCGUUACUUUGCCAGCAUCAUUCACAAUCACAUACCAGACAUCCAGUCGGAGGAACUGCUGUAUAAGCUACGCCAGGCCGUAGGCACAAUGGUGGGCAACGUUAAAUGGCGUUCAAGGCAUGCCAAGACGACGGCCAGAGCCCUCCGGAAGGUGAUGAAGAUCAAGGAUCGAGAGGAGGUGGUAAGAGUGAAGGAGUAUGCGGGUUAGUGGUAUAUGCAGAUGCGAGUUACUACUUUAUGUAGAUGUUGUUUGUAUAUUUCGUAUAUUUAGUUAAGCUAGAACAUGCUAAAUCCGUAAUGAACAUAAAUAGAAUUGGAAUUCCACUCCUUCAUAAUCAUACAUACAUACAUAUCUCCUGUGUGUGUGUGUGUGUGUGUGUCGGUUAAUCCUUCCAGUUUGUCAAUGUAAAUGUUACAUAUUACAAUGUACAUAAUUAUUUGCUUUGUAAAUGUUAAUAUCACUAUAGCAGCGCUCUUGAAAACAACAAAACAAAAAAAAUAAGGAAAAAACUAAACGGAACGAAACUAAACUUAACUAGCGAGUGACU